AUGGUUGCCUUAAAUCUCCCGAUGGGAUACAAAGAGACUCUGGCAUCAUCUUUGCACAGUCAUUUCAGUUUGCAUGUUGUUGUAAUGAAAUAUAAUCAUGAUGAGUCACAGUUGAGAACAGCUGCUUCCACAAUUUCUAUUGUCAACAUGAUUGUGAGAAACAUAACCACAGUGAGUGGCUUCUUCCUCCUGGGGUUCUCUGACAAGAGGGAGCUGCAGAUUCUACAUGCUUGGCUCUUCUUGCUGAUGUACCUGUUGGGCUUGGCAGGCAACUUCAUCAUCAUCAUCAUCACAACACUGGACCCGCAGCUCGAAUCACCAAUGUGUUACUUCCUGAAACACCUUUCCCUUCUUGACCUCUCCUCUCUGGCUGCCACUGUUCCCCAGUCUAUCCACAAUUCCCUGACUGGCAGUGGAUACACUUCCUAUGACCAGUGUGUGCUGCAGGUUUUCUUCUUCAUAUCCUUUGGUGGCGCUGAGGUUGCCAUUCUCACAGUGAUGUCCUAUGACCGCUAUGUGGCCAUCUGUCUCCCACUGCACUAUGAGAUCAUCAUGAGUCCCAGAACAUACAAGUUGGCUGUGACAUUUGUGUGGAUAAGUGGACACAUUCCAGGAACCUUGUACACAGCAACCACAUUCUUUGUGAUAUUCUGCAGAGCCAAAAUAAUCCACCAGUUCUUCUGUGAUGUCUCCCAGUUGCUCAAGCUCUCCUGCUCCAAUGAUUACCUUGGAGUGACUGGAGUGGCUGCUUUCAUGGCUGUGGUGGGAACUGCUUGCUUUACUGCCAUUUGCCUCUCCUAUAUCCAGAUAUUCUCCACCAUCCUCAGGAUGCCCUCUGCUGCAUUCUGGUCUAAGGUCUUCUCCACCUGCCUGCCCCAUCUCUGCGUGGUCACAUUUUAUAUUUCCACUGGUAUCUUUGCAUAUCUGAAGCGACCUUCAGACUCUCCAACUGCUUUAGACCUCAUCACCUCUAUGUUUUACACAGUAGUUUCCCCAACCCUCAACCCUGUUAUCUACUGUCUGAGGAAUGAGGCCACGAAAUCAGCUGCAAGAAAGUUACUGUUAAGGUACAGAUUCCCUAGAGGAAGUUUAGUUUGGUCUUGUUCAUAG